ACUGUUUUUGUUGUUGUUGACUGACGUUUCGACAACCUUAGCGGUAGUCAUCUUCAGAGUCAAAUGAUAAGAAAAAAUGCUAAUUCUUUUCCCUAACAACGGCCAACGGUGCAUGUACAAAUGCAGUGCAGUACGUUGUGUCAGCGGCUGUUUAUCAAAAAUGUAAGAAAAAACAAUGCAAAUUGUGUCGCCCAAUGGCUCGCAAUAAUAUAUGACCAUUUAUGACAGAAUUCACGUAAAAGUAUGGCAUCUUCUGGAAAGGAACAGAAUUUCAAAGUUAAGAAUAAAAAGUUCAAAGCAAAAAGUCAAAAACUAAAGCUUUUUCGCUCAAAUGAACCGCUUCAUAGUGUGUUCAUGUGGGGUAUUAGUCACACAAUUAAUGAAUUAAGCUUAGUCCAAGCGCCGCCAAUGUUUUUACCCGAAGAUUUUAAAGCUUACUCUAAAAUUCGUGUGGAUAACCAUCUGUUCAACAGGGAAAAAUUUCCUUCUCAUUUUAAGUUCAAAGAGUAUUGUCCCUUGGUUUUCAGAAAACUCCGCGAAGGCUUCAACAUUGAUGAUCAAGCUUAUGCACGAUCAUUUUGCGUCCCGCUAUCUCAUCGUCCAACAUCCGGUAGAAGUGGUGCCACGUUUCUAACUUCACGAAAUAAGAAAUUUAUUGCUAAAACUAUGUACAAAGAAGAAGUAGAAAUGAUGCAUCAACUUUUACCAAAGUAUUAUCAGUUUAUGGUUGAAAAAAAUUCAAACAGUUUACUGCCUCAUUAUUUGGGAAUGUAUCGAGUUACUGUCGAAAAUAAAGAAACGUAUUUUGUUAUCAUGGAAAGCAUAUUUGGCAAACUAAAGAUUCACAAAAAAUACGAUCUCAAAGGAUCGACUGUCGACAGACAAGCUAAAACUAAAGAAAAAGAGAAAGAAAAAUCAAGUAGGAAGUUAGAAAGAUCGACUACUUGGAAAGAUCAAGAUUUUUUAGCUGAUGGGACUAAAAUUUAUGUGGGUGAAGAGGUGAAGAAAGAUUUUAUGGAAAAGUUAAAAGAUGACGUCGAUUUUUUGUGUAAACUGAAGAUUAUGGACUACAGUUUAUUGGUUGGUAUUCACGACUUUAAUCGUGGAGAUGAAGAAUCUGAUGUAGAAGAUGGCUUCGACAGCCAGGAUGAGAGCGACAAUGAUUCGCCUAUCGAUUAUGACGCAUCAGGAACUAAUGAGUCAGCUUGUGAUUCUCCUACUAGCUCCCCUCCAGGCACACCUCCUGCCACGCCACCUAUCACACCCCCACCUUCCUGUCUUACACCGACUUCGCGCCCGCCUUUAAAAAGUCGAACAGUUAGUGAAGACAGUAUCGAAGCUGAUUUAGGGAGUGAAUUUUACGCGAUUCCAUGUUGCAAACCAGAUACAGAACAGUAUUACAUCGGUAUUGUGGACGUCUUGACCUAUUAUGGCACCAAGAAGCGAACUGCACAUGCAGCAAAGACUGUUAAGCAUGGUGGCCAGGAGAUAUCAACUGUUAAACCUGAAGCUUAUGGCAAGAGAUUUCUGGAUUUUGUUGACAAAGCUAUAGAGUAAUGAUUAAAUUGUGCACUGAUAUUUUACAACGACAAAGUGAGGAAUGUUUGUUUUGCCAGGAUUUUAAUGUUUGCUUUGCCAGGAUUUUUAAGUUUGCUUAAAUUGACGAAACUGUAAGCAUCAUUGACUACAGAAGAACUAUAGCGUCGAAGGGGCAUUGGAUGGCCUCGUGCCCACCAAACGACGAUAUGAUGACACUCGUGCGUGAAAAUGUGAAAAAAAUAUUGAUAAAUAAAAUAAAAAUUUAUCGUAUAGAACAGUUUUAUUGUAGGUGAAAAGCACAAUUUCUAAUAAAGAAUUGCUUAUUAUUUUGAAA